AUGAUUUCAAACAGAUCAUGCCACAGCAUCAGCAGCAACAUUACCCUCAUGGUGAGCAAGGACGGCAAACCCACAACCAGCAUCGUCAUGUUUAUGGCCGGAGUGGUGGGAAACCUGCUGGCUCUCUUCAUUCUCGUGGUCCAUCAGAGAGAACAGAGAUCCAGAUCGUCCGUCUUCUGUAUUCUAGUCACUGGUUUAGCUCUCACAGAUCUGUUGGGAACCUGUCUCCUCAGCCCACCUGUCUUCAUCUGCUAUGCCCGCAACAUGUCGCUCAUUGGCCUGGGAGAAGAAAGACUCUGUAAUCUUUUUGGUUUUGCCAUGAGCUUCUUCGGAUUAGCACCAACUCUCAUCCUGUGUGCCAUGGCUGUGGAGCGCUGCCUCGCCAUAAGCCAUCCGUAUUUUUACUCCAUCCACAUACGAAGCCGCUUUGCCAAAUACGUACUCUUAUUUAUAUACCUCUUCUCAUUUGUAUUUUGUUUACUGCCAUACACUGGUUUGGGAAAGUUCCGCCAGUACUGCCCAGGAACUUGGUGCUUCAUCGACAUGGAUGCCUCAGAAGACAACAGCUUAGUCCUGGCAUUUUCUCUAUCCUACUCUUCUUUCAUGGCACUGCUGAUUUUAGCCGUGUUUUUGUGCAAUGGCUCUGUGAUUGUAAGCCUGUGUAAGAUGCACAGGGGCCACGCAAAGAGGCGGGGCUCCGUGGUGACUGUGGGGAGGCGAAGGAGGAUGAGUCUGGCCUGGUUCGGACAGGGCGAAGAGGAGAUGGAUCACCUGGUUCUCCUGGCGCUCAUCACACUCAUCUUUGCUGUCUGCUCUUUGCCACUAACUAUUGCAGGUUUCAUCAAUGCCUUCAACCCGUUUACUGAUGACAAGGAGAACCUGACGGCGUUCCGCUUCUACGCCCUGAACCCCAUCGUGGACCCCUGGAUCUUCAUCAUCUGCCGCAAGUCUGUGAUGCGUCACCUGUGCUCUCUGCUCAGCUGCCGCUUCAGUAAAGGGGCAGUGAAGACCCCUGCCCACUGUGCACUCUCGCUCCCCCUGGAGGUCCACCACAUCCAGCGCAGUCCGGUGAACAGUACCCCAGUUUACAGCACUUCUCCACAGGCCCCGCGGCCCCGAGCCACCCCUGUGACGAGUGGACACAGGGAAGGGCAGUUGUAUAGACUCCAAACGUAA